AUGCCACCCACGAUUGCCGAAGUCAAGGGCAGAUUGAAUUUCGUCUGGGGCAAGGAAAGCGACUUGAAUGAAACCUAUUCCUUCGAGUUUGCCAGCAGUACGUCGUGGUCGUGUGUGCGAAAAAAUGGAGCCGAGUCGAGAAAGUUUCGUCUCACCUUCGAUGCGGCCGCUUCAAGGUUGUGGUGGGGAGAGUCCUACUUCAUGGACCCAUCAGACAUGGCCAAGCAGCCAGACCGUGUCCAAUGGUACCGGGCCUCAGAUCGCAGCAAAAAGCGGGCGGCGUUUUUAUGGAAAAGGCUGCGUGAGGCGCAGCCGAGGCCUGGCAAUGUGGAGGUGCGCAAAAACUUUUCGGCACCUCCGCGACCCAAGGCAGCUGUUGUGCGGAACCUGGCCGACAAGGCGAGUGUUGGCCACGCGCGAACAGAGGCGGGAAGCAAGAGCAAGACCUCUCCUGUUUCAUGGCCCGAGGUUGUGCUUGACUUGGACCAGAUGCUUGUGCUCUACAAGCCUCCUCACUGGAAGGUGGAAUUGCCGCCCAAAGGAACUCCAGAGGAGGGCCUCCACUUGCCAAGCUGGCUGAAGGACAAGGUAGACAGCAUCGAUCCAAAGCUUUUCGAAGAAGAGUCGAACCCGGCUCUUUCAGGGACGGGCUUUGGUCCUCUGUCGCACCGCAUCGACCAGGAGACGAGCGGGCCCUUGCUGGCGGCUAAGACUGCUGCUGCUCAGCGGCACUUGCGUGCACAGUUUCACAAAACUGAGAUCUCCAAGCGCUAUGUGUGCUUGGUGCACGGACGUGUAUCGUCUCCCAGUGGGACGGUGGAUGCGAGCAUUCGCACACUUCGAACCGAUGCCACGACUAGGUCAGAGAUUUCCAGUGCAGGCGACUGGGCGGAGACCCAGUACCAGGUCAUAGCCACAUUCGGGUCUGCCAGCGUGGGCAGAUACAGUCUGCUGGCCUGUGAUAUUACUUCUGGGCGCACGCAUCAAAUCCGUGUUCACAUGCAGCACCUGGGACAUCCGCUCGUCUCGGAUGACAAGUACGGGGAUGUUGGACAGCUGGAGAAGGACAGAAUCUGGUGUCCACGCCUUUUCCUGCACUCCUUCCGCCUGAGAUUCCGAGACCUCAGGAACGAGGCUCAAGAAGUCGUGUGCCCCUUGCCUCCGGACCUGAAGGCAGCACUUGUCAAGCUUGGGGCUGCAAGUCCAGAUGGGCCUUCUGCGGAUGCAUUGUUUGGAGAGACAUCUUGGCAGCGUGAGAUUUUCCGACCUCCACUGACAGCUUGGCGGCCUGGAACAGAGGUGCAGAGAUGUUUGAUUUCGCUUCUGUUGGGCAAAGACCAGCCUCGUUCUCUACACGACAUCAAUGCAGAUGCAGACCUCAAGAGGCUUUUGGCCAAAGAGAACUUGACUUGCAUCAACAAAGCCUGGCUGGCGAAGAAUUGGGAUGUUUUCGAGGCCGUGCCUUCUCCCGACGAUGAUCUAACUGUGCGUCUCCGCCCGCUGGCAGAAGGCUCUGAGAGGCAGCUCGAGCAGCAGAUUGAGGCGGUGCGCUCCGAGUGCGAGGAGCUGCAGCGGUUAAAGCAGCGUGCCAUUGCUGAAGAACAGUACCUGAAGGCUGCUGAAAUCAAGCGCCGUUUUGAAGCCGCUUCCGCAGAACUGAGCUCCCUUUUGACCCUCUGCGAGGACGAGAGCGUCGGUGACGACGCACUGGCUGAAGGUCGGAUUGCCGCUGCCAGGCAGCAGAUCAAGGCCUUCGAGCAGGAUGUAAACGAUGAGGCUCUCUUUCCAUCUCUAGCGGCAGCACCAAAGCCACGUGCUGUGCCUGAGACAGAUGAUGCACUGCCAGCCGAAGGACUGGAGGUGAAACCACCUUCCCUUGAGGCCCGGGCAGAUGCAAGAUCAACAAUGUCCGCAUCUACCUGCAAGGGGCAAGCCCAUUGUGUAGUUCCUGCUGGUGAAACAUGGUUCAUGGACGAGUCGUUGGAAGUUGAGACGUUGACUAUCUAUGGCACUCUGAGGUGGGAUCAGACCAAGGCAAACCUCGAACUUCGUGCCAAUUUCGUUCUUGUUGAGGACGAUGGCCAUCUCGUCCUUGGCACGGUGGCAUCGCCGAUGAAUCUUCCAGCGACUGUGUACAUCACCGAUGGCCCUCACAGCCAUCCAAACCUCGGCCGGCGCUUCCUUGGUGGCAUGGGUCGCAUUGAGAUCCACGGUCGAAGGAUGGGGCGAACGUGGACCCUUCUUAGCCAGACAGCCCUGCCCGGCGAGAAGGUGCUGUACCUGAAGCACGACGCCAGAGACAUGGGGUGGCAGGUGGGGGACCGUAUAGGUUUGGCGACGACCAGCCGAGGUGAGUCCACAGUUCACAGGAUUCACGCGAUCGCAAACUACCAGCUCACGGUUGACGAGCCUGUGAAGCACCAGCAUUGGGGUGGGUUCAAGGAGAUCGGAGGCAAGCGAUUUGAGCUUGCUGCAGAAGUGGUGAACUUGGAGCGCUCUGUCCUCAUUACUGGUGACCAUCAGAACAUCGAAGUGUCCAAGGAAGGCCUCCACACCAUACAGGCCGGGGGAUCUGGCUCUGGCUACAUGGACAUGAGAUAUACUCGCGUGGAGCGCUGUGGUCAAAGACCCGUCAUGGGUCGCUACUGUCUCCACUUCCACUUAAUGAAGAAAUGUUCACGGUGUGUUUUCCAGGGAAACGCAGUGGUUCAUGGAGAGCAUGUCGGAAUCACGGUGCAUGGGACUCACAACUCCCUCGUUGAUCAGAACAUCAUCUGGGAUGCCAAGGCAAACGGCCUGUACAUUGAGGACGGCAAUGAGCUGAACAACACACUUCGUGAGAAUGUUGCAAUUUGCACAGAUCUGAGAAGGUGUGCUGUGGAUUGGGUCAGCGGGGUGGCAGUCCAAACAGCUGGCAUAUUCAUGAUAGGCAUGACAAAUCACAUACUGGAGAAUCGUAUUGUCGGCUAUGAGAAUGGCAUUUGGACCCCUGGCUCUUUUCGAGGCACGGGGCAUGGCCUGGCCACAGGCCGGACCUGCCCACAGUUUUAUCCCUUUGGGGACUGGCGGGGCAACACAUGCCAUGAUUGCAACAGGUUCGGGCUUUACCUGGAUCACCAGUACCCAAGAAAAGUCAAGAUUGAUGAUGAUGGCUUUCUCGUCGACAAAGACAGCUGCAAAUGGUUCACGCGCAGCGGCGAGGACAAUGGAGUUGUGAAUGAGAUUCGUGACGAGGUGAACUGGCACAAUACAUAUGUCGGCCAGUACGCCAUUGGCGACAUCCAGUUCAUAAACUACACCAGCAUCAACAAUGGGCAUUCCAUGUAUUGGAAGCAGGGCAAAAACUUUGUCGACAAGCGACCAUGGCACGUGUUGGAUUCCACAUUUGCAAACGAUGCUGACGACAGUUUCGGAGUUCUCCAAUUCUUGGGCCCUGCUGGCCCCUUCGCCUUUGGCAUGAAGAACUGUGCCUUUAUCGGGAGCAGCCCGCCUGGGAUAGCAGCAUUAGCAGCAGGGCAGCACUGUGGUCUGCUGGGGGGUGCUGGGCCAUGCAACGUGCAGUAUGUGCUGGAGGAUGUGGACUUCUCGCGCAUGCAGGCCCCACAGCCACGCUUGGCUUUCGGAGCAAACACUGCUGCGUCUCAAGCUGCUGUAUUGCCGGUGUUCCUCACGAAGGAUGCUUCGCUGGGAGGGUUUCGGAGCAUCAUAAGUGCACGUUUGGAUGGCUUUCGUGCUCUCGGCUGUCAGCCUUUGAAUGCCAAGUGGGCACAGCCAGGGGCUCUCGGGUGCAACGGGAUGAUACGAAGGCUGAAUGUCUGGGGUGGUGGAGCCAGGCUGCAGAUUGAAGGACCUGGGUAUGAAAGCACGCCUGACUGGACCUUUCCGACAGAAGGCCGUAACGCUGGAGAGAUUCCAUUUGAUUCUGCUCGAAGAGGUUAUGGCGCCCUCGUGCUUGUGGAGCAGGCGUACAGACUGGCCUCUUCCUGGGAUUCCGAAAUGAUUAUUGAAUUCUCGGACCCGGUGCUGGGGGAGUACUUCGAAUCGGAUUCAUCAAUCAUCCUAGAUGCAGCUGGAGGACAGUGCACGCUGAAGGAGUCCGACAAUCGAAGAUUUAUUUGCGACAUGGGUGAGUUCGGAGGUGUGUGUGACUUUCAAACAGCCUCCAACCAGCACGUGAUUUCGGGUGGACGUUUGCAGUGUGCUGGAAGCACCGUGCCAUCUCCGGUACCAAUUACUACGCCACGUCCAAUGCCGAGCCCAGCUCCAAGCCCGACUCCGCCGAGUCCGCGUCCUUCCCCCAUCAGCGUCCCGCCCCUAAGUGGCAGCUCCUCGGGAUGGAUCUUGCAUGUCGGGUUGAACUGCUGGGAGAAUCAUGGAGCCCUCCCGAUCUCUGGGGCAGAGCCGCUAGAUGGUACCUUCACAGUCGACGGCUGCCGCCGACAGUGUGAAAAGACGCUUACAUGCCAAGCUGCAGUCGUGCGAAGUGGCUGGGAUGAUGGAAGCAGUCCGUGCUUCCUUCGCAGGAGCCUGAUGAUCAGCAAGUGUCGUGACUACGCGGACUUCGAUGUUUGGCAGAUCAAGAGAGUGCCGACGUCAACAACCAGCCUACCUCCUGGGUUGUCAUCAACCACUGCAUCGACGACAACCGUAACAACCAGCGCGGCCUUCACCACUGCCCCCCCUGUUGAGUUUGAGGGUGUCGACGGAGGUGUGGACAGAGCCUGUCGAGGUGCAUUUCCUGGCGACAACAGCCCCGCCUACUAUGUGCUUCAGCACGGUGUUGCAGGGCUGGAGGGAUGCAAAGCGAUUUGCAUUGUUGAUGCCCUGUGCCAGGGUCUAGAGUACAGCGCUGGUAGAUGUGAGUUAUGGACACGGCCUGGUGGUAUUCGUGCCUCGAUAUUUCUACGUGGAUUUACCUGCCUGCGAUUUAUUGGGGCUCCGACCACAACUGCUUCUCCAUUGCCAUUUGUUGCCGUAGAUGGUGGUACAGAUCGUGCAUGCAGAGGAAGAUCUGCGAAUGAUAACUCCGCGAAGUACUACAUUCUAGCUGUCGGUAAGUACGAUCUCAACCAGUGCAAAGAGAAGUGCGCCGUGACUCAGAGCUGCAACGGCAUUGAGCAUAGCAAGCAUGGCCGUUGCGAGCUUUGGACAAGGUCUGGUGGCAUUCAGGCGACCCGGCGAGUGGCUGGAUACACAUGCUGGCGUUUCGAGCUAGGCUCCAGAUGGAGUCUGAGCGAAGGUCUGAAUUGCUACGACGGUCACGGCGCUAAGGCUCUCCACAGCAUUGCAGAGUUCCUGCCAGUUGAAGCGUGCAAAGCAGAAUGUACGCAGCGAGAGAAUUGUGAGGGGAUUGUCGUUAGAUCUGGCUGGGACGACAGUCCCUGCUGGCUGUAUGCAAGCAUCUCAAUUGAGAGCUGCUUGGCGGAAGCGCUGAUGGACUUUCUGGACCGCAAGGAAGGCAACAUCGCCCACAUCAACGAGAUCAACAACGAUCGCUAUCUACGGGAGGUGAUGGCUCAACAAGCCCCGAAGCCUAUCUCAGCGGUGAACAAGGUUUGGCUAAAGCAGCAUGAAGCUUUGUUUACCCUUCUCCGUGCUCAAGACAAUGAGAUGUACGUCGCGAGGACGCAGGCUGUGACCGACCAGAAGAAGGCCAAAGCCAAAAUGCAGGCUGGAGACCAGAAGAAGCAGCCUGCGUACCACCAGGUCAUCCAGAAAGCCGACGAGAUGGCGGCACCCUUGGUGUACCAGUACGGCGGAGGCGCACUCAAGCCGACUCCAGAGCAAGAGGAGAGUGGAGCCUGGCAAGAGAGGCUGCGACAAGCGCUGCAGGCGGGCCCUUUGGAAGUUCCGGAGCUGUUGCAAGCCGUGCCGCUGUUCACGGCGGCGACGGGUGCCACGCGGCCCUGGCAGCAGCAGGAACUACUCCUGACAUUUCUUCAAGCGUGGCCGCAGCUCUUCAAAGUGGAGAAGCGCGGCUCGGGAGCUGACAGGAAGUAUCUGGUGUCGUUGAAGUGA